AUGCAUGGUCAAAAGUGUGGGAAGUGUGGGGAAAUACUCCCCACUAGAGAGACAAAAACGAGGGAGGAGGAUGAAGACAACAUCAUCUUCAAGAACAAGAUCACAUCUGCUGACCCAAAUGAAGUCAUUUCCAGACAGCAUGAUGUCGACAUAGCCUUUUCCUGCGUCUAUCCCAAGAUAACCAACCUGACUUUGGGAUUCAAGCACAAGAACCCAUACGCCUUCUCAGAGAAGGGCUUCGGUGCUUUCACCUUCCAGUUUGAAUUCUUUGAGAGCCAGCGCUUCAGAACACAAGUUGAUGCCAGCACUUACCCGGUGGAUGUGUACCUCAAACAGAUGAUGUUCAUGCAGAUCGAAGCAACAACCUCCAUCCCAAACACAGUGCUGUUUGUAGAGUCCUGUAAGGCCACGCCGUAUGACAACCCAAACUCUCGCAUCAGCUACACCAUCAUCGAACACGGGUGUGCAAGAGACAACACAGUGCAAAUCUACCCGAGCUCCAGAACUCAAUUCAGAUUUGGAAUUGAAGCUUUUGAGUUUAUCGGCGCUCAUGAUGAGGUGUACAUCACUUGCUCGGUCAUGCUGUGUGAGAAUGGUGCUUCCGGGACCAGGUGCUCUCGGGGAUGCGUCCAGUCCGGCUCAGAGCACCAUCGCAGGAGAAGAGAAGCUGUGGCCGAGACUUCCAGACACUCAAUUUCCCAGGGUCCUUUGCACCUGGUUAAAACUUCUGACAACCAAGUGUCUCGGCCAAGCCUGAAUUUGGGCCUGAACCUGAUCUUCAUUGUCGGCUGCCUCCUGGCGUGUGGAGUGGUGAUCUACCGAUCAAGGAGGUCCAAAGCUAACUACCAACAGCUGCCAACCUCUGAGACCGACUGAGGACAGAGGCGAAGUCUUGAUCCACGACACUUCUGCUAUAGUCUGGGUUUUUUGUUUCUUUUUGGGGUGGUGGUUUGAGUUCAAAAAGAUGUAAAGUUCAUAGAGUGUGCAGUGAGUGAAUGGAAUAUUUUGGGGGAAAAAAUCUUAGUGUAGAAUGAAUAUAUACAGACUUCCUAUGAAUAUUAUUUUUGAGGCUUUUGGUAAAGCAUUACAGUCAUUUUAAAAUGUUUCUCACACUGUUACUGACAAAUUGUAUUACUGACAAAUUAUACUUUACGUAAAUAAAAGUACUUUCACACUGACUCAACUAAUGUAAAAGUCCUGCAUUCAAAGGCUUACUUGAGUAAAAAUACAAAAGUAUCAGCAUCAAAAUGUACUUCAAGUAUCAAAAUUAAAAUUACUCAU